ACAUAAGUGUCACGAAAAAUUUUGAGGUUAGGUGACAUUCAACUUUCAACCUUGCUUAUUAAUUGGUUAAAUAAUUUUUCCUAGCUCCACAGAAAAUGUAAGUAGUUCUAACUUACUAAUGUUUUCACAUAAUCGUUGAACAAAAAUGGAUGUACAAAAUGCUGCUAUAGAAAAUACGAAACUUCAAAAUACCUCUAGUGAACCUACUGAAGAUAAUUUAAACAAAAAAUCUGAGGCUUCAGGUUGCCUGAAUGCAGAUAUUGAACACUCAGGAACCACACAAGAAAAUGAAUUGGAAGGUGUGGCCAAAUUAAGGUCUUGGUUGAAUAAACCAUUAAGAAUUAAAAUGACUGAUGGCAGGACUCUCAUAGGAGUAUUCUUCUGCACAGACAGAGAUGCAAAUAUAAUUCUUGGGUCUUGUACUGAGUAUUUACCAAUUAGCCAGGAUAAUAUCAAUGAUGACAGGAGAAUGCUGGGUUUAGUAAUGAUACCUGGAAGGCAUAUUGUGAAAGUUGAACUGGAUCUUAAUGAAAAUUAUUCAGUGUACAAUAUAUCUGACCAGGAUGAUAUUGUAUGAGACUUUGUAAUUUAGACUUGGCAACAAGACUGUUCAGAGAAAGGCUGUAUGUCUGAUGUUUAUGAGUAAAUGAGGAAGUAAAAGAUUAAGAAAAAAAUAUACAUAUAAA